UGAUGAAGAAGAGGAGGAAAAGCAGGCUUAUGCGCCAAUUAAUAUAGACAUUGAUGAGGUUAAAAAUAAUUUGUACAAUGCAAUGAACCACUAUUGGUCUAACUUAACAACACCUAAAUUACUUUUGCCUAGUCUUUUGGAUCCCAGAUGUAAAAAUCUAUCUUUUGUCUCGUUCGCUGAGCGGUUCGCUACUGAAAAUCUACUUCGUGAAGAAUAUAAUCAAAUGAAAAAUAAGUUAGAUAAAGAAAAAAACAAAGUAGUUAGAACAGAGACUCAUAUAAAAAAACAUAAUACUAAAACUGUAAUUGAGGAGAUUUCAGAGUACUUAAAGCUUGAAGAGAUUGAUUUUGACUGUGAUUCUUUAAGGGUGUUAUUUUGA